AGAACGAAUUGACAGCGUCAGCAUGGAUGACUACACGCCUACAGAUCAGGACCUAUUACGAUGCAGAGUUUUGACAUCAGGGAUAUUUGAAACAAGAUUUCAAGUAGAUAAAGUAAAUUUCCACAUGUUUGAUGUAGGUGGCCAGAGAGAUGAGAGGAGAAAAUGGAUCCAAUGCUUUAAUGAUGUCACGGCUAUAAUCUUCGUUGUGGCUUGCAGCAGCUACAACAUGGUAAUAAGGGAAGACAAUAACACAAACAGACUACGAGAAUCCCUGGACCUUUUCAAAAGUAUCUGGAAUAACAGGUGGUUACGGACCAUUUCUAUCAUUUUGUUCCUGAAUAAACAAGACAUGCUAGCUGAAAAAGUCUUGGCAGGGAAAUCAAAAAUUGAAGAUUACUUUCCUGAAUAUGCGCAUUAUACUGUACCUGAGGAUGCAACACCCGAUGCAGGAGAAGACCCCAAAGUCACAAGAGCCAAGUUCUUCAUCCGGGAUGAGUUUUUACGGAUAAGCACGGCGAGCGGCGACGGCCGGCACUACUGCUACCCGCACUUCACCUGCGCGGUGGACACGGAAAACAUCCGCAGGGUGUUCAACGACUGCCGGGACAUCAUCCAGCGAAUGCACCUGCGCCAGUACGAACUCUUGUGAGGGGGCUCACCGUGGAACCUGUGGUUUUAAAUUCUUUGCUCCUUUCUCUUGAUGCUAGCCCACACAGGGUGGAAGAAUAUACUAUAGAAAUGUCAGUCUCCUCACUUUGUUUACUUUAAUUAUUUAACCUUAAAGCUGAUUCGAAGCAAGUCUGGGUUCCUUUCCUUCAUGCUUUCUGGGACUGUUUUUGUGCUUUAUUUUGACAUGCCACUUCUUCGUCAUUCCACUAAGCCCUUUGGCUACCUCUGUUCCCUUAGGUUUUGUUUUUUAACUGAACAUAACCCGCUAAAUUUUUUCCAGCGGGUUGAUGCAGGUUCAAACUGGUAUGUCAGCCGGAUGACACUAAGGUCGUUCCUAUCCCUCUGUGUGGGUUUCCUUUUUAACAUGACAUUGAAGAGUACUUGAUGGGUGAAAAAGAUUAAUGCACUUUGUAUCAGGUUAUUAAAUACUGUUGAGGAAGUAGACACACAAUGUAGCAGCACCACAAUAUUUAUUACUCUGACACAGUUUUUAGCAUUUCUGAGUUGCAGGUCAACUGAUAAAGUGACCUCCUCUUUUACGCCGUUACUGGCACAGGAAGUAGAGUAGAAGACGAGAGGAACAGUGAAGACAAAGCAAUUUCUCUGGGGUUUUGGAGCUCAGUGUCUCUGCACACCUCAGGCAUUUGAAUUACAGCUACUUUUCAGCCUGUUGCAUCUAGGCAGAAAACUUACCACCCUCACUUGCGUUAUUUGUGCUGUCCACAAAUGAUCCUUUUAGUUCAGAUCAUUCUUGGACAACGGUCCUCUCCCUAUAUAUAUUUUUUUGUUUUACUGCUGGUUUAUUAUAUUGUACAGACUGUAAAAUGUAAUAUUAUUUUGUACAACUUUAUUGAAGAAAAAUACUUGUAGAAGAUCUUUGUGCCUUGAUUAUGGCUGUACCUGUAAAAUGAGCUAAGAUGUAAGUAUGUUUUUGAUUGCGCUGUACAGCUUGAUGUCAACCUUACCUGCAGCAGUGACUGAAGGUAAGAACUUUAUCUGUAGAGUUUAGGGUUUUUUUUCUGGUUUAUAUAAAGAUGCUCUUUAGUAUAAAAAUUAUAAAUUAUGCAAAUUAACCACUUACCUUUCCAAGUAAGGUAUUACGGUCACCGGAUGUUGCAGCAAACAUGCCUUUCUCUUUUGAAGUCUCAGCUUUAAAACAUUGGAAUUCAUUCAAGUGUCCAAAUUGCAACCUGGUGUUGUUUUAAUGGGAACCAAGGAUCCUUUUUCUUUUUUUUUUUCUCCUUUAUAUUUAGAAAAAUAUGUUUGGUAAUUCUUUGGUCAUUCAUAGAACUUCACAAUUGCAGAGACCGAUUGUGAAUGUAAAGCACCAUUAUAUAGAGCUCUUCAAUCUUUGUACCAACAGCGGCUUUCAUUGUGCAAGUAAAUAGCAAGAAAGAAGAAAAACAAAAAAAAAGAAAAAAAAAAGGUGUAUAAACCCUUGUGUCUGGCCUAAGAGAAUUACAAGAUGACAUUUUUAUUUCUCUUUUAAUAAAGAGACACAUUAGAAAAUUGUUUUAUUUUAAAUAUUGUAGAAUCAAAAUGUGUGAAUAUUUCUCAAACUUGAAUAAUUUAUGCAAAUGACAUUCUCAAAACAAGUUGUGGUACAGUACAAUAUAUAAAAAGCAAGAAUUGCUGUAGCAAUAAGGCAUGUCCUUUUUAGUAACUAUAACACUGCUUUAUAUUUUAUACAUAGGUGUUUUAUGUCUGUGACUAUAUACUUUUCCUGUGUCCAAGAUAACCUGUACAAACGUCUAAAAUUACAGUUGCAAUAACAGAAACCUA